GACCGUUUACCGAUACCUCAUUACAGUUGCUGACAUCAUCAUCAUGAUUGCACAUCGUAACGCCCGAUUCUAUUGGUGCAUUGAGCAGAGACUUACCAUUUGUUGAAAGCUAAUUUGAGUUUGCGUUAGGUUUUAUAUGGGCUGUUAGUGACGCCGUAGCGUAGUCGUCAGGCCACUCUUGCGGUUGAUUGCGAGCAAACUAUAAGAUGUGUCUUCCCCAAUUUUGAGGGAAGACACCUAAUUUCAAUCUUGAACUCGCUUCUGUAUCUUCAAAAUGGCAGACUCAGAACUGUUUGAUGUCGUCGUUGUCGGUGGCGGCCCAGUUGGGUUGGCCGCCGCGUACGAAGUCGCCAAAGCGGGCCGGAAAGUCAUUAUCCUAGAGCAGAACAACUUCUUCAACCAUGCUGGAAGCUCCGGUGGACUGGCGCGCAUAUUUCGAACAAUGUACACUGAGGAGUUCAUGACCAAGUUCGCUAAAACAUCCAUGAAGCACUGGGAUGACCUUGAAAAUGAUGCGGGGUUCUCGCUGCGGUCGAUGAGCGGCCUGCUUAAUUUUGGCGAGAAAGGCGCGGUGAUGAGCCCAACCGAAAACCUGGACAAGCUUGGGAUGAACUAUAAGAAACUUACUGCGGCGGAAAUUGAACGAAAGUACUCAUUCAAAAAUCUGAACCCUGAAUGGGUUGGCCUCUUUGCUCCCGAUAACGGCAUAAUCAAUGUGCAGCUACUGGUGCGGACUCUUCACUCUUUGGCCAAGGAUCGCGGAACACAAGCAAAGCAACACACUCAGGUCAAACAGAUUCGCCGCUCAGAAAAGAUUAAUUCCAACUGGGAGAUCCAUGUUGUGACGUAUGGGUUAUCGGCCACCUACUUUACCAAGAAGAUCAUCAUUGCCAGCGGUAACUAUAUUAAUGACAUUUUAAGGCCAAACUUCCGCAUAACUCUUGACCUGGAAACUCGGAAAAUUGUUAAAACAUAUAUUAACACAGAUCUCAAUCCAAGCGGCACUGUUUUCCCUAGCCCGUGGUUUCACUCUACCCUUAUGGAAAACAAGCGACCUCGUGUGUUCUACGGAAUGCCAGCGCUUCCAUGGGGCCCGCCGCAUGUUGUACAAGUUGCGGUAGAUACAACAGCUCUAAACACAGAGGAUUUGAGCACAACCCAGGGAAGGGUUUCUAGUCCCGCUGAGACUGAGGACACUCAGAAAUUUAUUCGAGACCAUAUUAUUGGUGUCGACCAUACGAUCCCGACCUCCACUAUUACCUGUAUCAAAAGAAAUGUUCCUGAUGAUAUUUUUGUGCUGGAUUUCCUCCCAGAACAAUACCUUCAGGGAGGACCUGAGAAGAGCGUUGCUAUUUUCACUGCUGGUUGGGCGAUGAAGUUUGUCCCACUUCUUGGGAAGGCGUUGUCGCAGAUGAUUUGUAACGGAGAAUCCGAGUUUGCCCACAAGGAGUUCUCCAUUACUCGCAAGAACCAGAUGACCGGAAAGGAUAUCAUCGUGAAGGAAGAUAAGGAGGAUGUUGUGGUGAAGAACUCGAUGACUAAAUAUUAAUCGACGGGCGAACGAUAUACUUCAUAAAACCACUUGCAUUCUGGCAAUUGCAACUAAAUGAAGUAGGCCCUUACGCCUGGUGCUAGUUCAACUGAUAGCUUGAUGUAACCAUUUGCUCUUGAUAGCUUCAUGGUGUAAAGGCUGUUUGCGUCCAAGAAUUUCAAUAAUUAUAUAGAUAGUUAGACCGAGGAGGAC